AUGGCUUGUAAACAAAAUCUGAUGAAAUGCCAUCACACCAUUAAAAUGGUCGUCAUGGUGGUAUGUUGGCUUACACUUCUUGAUGCCACAUACGCCAUUGUAAACAUAUCUGCGACGCCGGCAGUAGCUGAUGGAAGGGUCUAUUUUCCUUCAUGGAACGGAUAUUUGUAUGCUGUGGAUGCGUUCACUGGUCGUUUAAUAUGGCAGCAGAACCUUGGUGCCUUAACUGGACUCAAUGGAACAGGAGUUGUUGUGAACGUCACCGUUUCAAGAUCAACCCCAACUAUAGCCGGUAACCUCUUGAUCGUUGGAAUUUAUGGACCUACUCUUGUGAUUGCUGUUGAUCGAUCAAAUGGGAGGCUUGUGUGGUCAACUCAACUUGACCCACGUCCAAGAGUUCUUAUCACCAUGUCCGGAACCGUACACUUAGGUGCCUUUUAUGCUGGGGUGUCGUCUUUGCAAGAAGGGUUGCCAGCGGCACAAUGUUGCAAUUUCCGGGGUAGCAUUGUGAAGCUCAACCUUAGAACCGGGGUAAUCUUAUGGCGGACUUAUAUGCUACCGGACAAUGGUGGUAGAUUGGGAGGUUACUCAGGAGCUGCAGUGUGGGGAAGCAGCCCCGCCAUUGAUAUAUCCAGGAGACAUGUAUAUGUGGCUACUGGGAACCUCUACACAGCUCCACCUGGGGUGACCAAAUGUCAAGAGAGGCAGAAUAACCAGAGAGGAAAACCUACCCAUCCUGAUCAGUGCAUUGGUCCAGAUAUCAACUUCAAUUCAAUUCUGGCGUUGGAUUUGGAUUCUGGGAGGAUUGUAUGGUCCAGGCAACUUGGCGGAUAUGAUGUUUUCUAUUUUGCUUCUUUGGUACCAAACAACCCUGACUGCCCACCGGGACCUAAUCUGGAUGCCGACUUCGGAGAGGCACCCAUGCUGCUCACCAUACACCCUAACCGAACAAGGCGUGAUGUCGUAGUGGCCGUGCAGAAAAGCAGGUUUGCAUGGGCACUAGCCCGUGACAAUGGAACGAUAGUCUGGCUAAUACAUUUGCUGGACUUUGUAGUUGGCGGGUCCAAAGGAGGAGGCAUAUGGGGUGCAGCCACAGAUGGGAGAAGAGUGUAUACAAACAUUGCCAACGGCGACCGAGAAAACUUCACUCUUGCACCUUCAAGCCAGACAACAACAGCUGGCGCACGGGUAGCUCUUGAUGCAGAUUCAGGGGAGAUUUUGUGGACAACUGCAAACCCUAGUAAUGACACUGCCCAAGCACCUGUCACAGUUGCUAAUGGCGUUGUUUUUGCUGGGUCGGCAGCUUCGAAUGGUCCCAUUUAUGCUAUGAAAGCACUCUGGAAGAAUUUUGUGGUCGUAUAA